ACGUUCCUGUCCUCGACCGGCGGGUAAAAGUGAAGCCCCCUUUUAUUAAUAAACUAAAGGGGUAAAACUUAAAUAAUUAAUAAGAAAUAAACACCAAAUAAUAAUUGAGAUUAAUCAAGGAUCCGAGAGCAUACUCCAAUAAUAAAAAAUAAGAAUUUUACUGCCGCUAUUAAAACUUUUAGAUUGUCGCAUCCAAGACGCGCAAUAUGCGGUUUAUAUAAAAGGCCCUCAGAAGGAGCGAGAAGGGUCAGAGUAGUGGCUUGCGGACGAGGCGACCAGAAUGCAGACCAGGCGACCAUCCACGCGGACCGCCAAAUAAGGGAGAUUAUUCUCUCACCAUUUCUCUGAUUAUUACUUAUUACACUGCUCCAUGGUUCAUCCUGCCGCCAUUUCAUUCGAUCCAAAAUUAGCCACUGUCUCAGAGAAACCGAUAUUGUAAACUGCGCCUGCCUGUUCGCAACCCGACUUCGUUACUCGAAGGCGUUCGCGCGCCCUUGAUUACCGAUGCGGUUGCUUCCAUGCUUCAAUCUAACUGAACCUGACGAGCGGCCUCAUGGCGCUCGUCCUUCACGUUUUUACUGUCGAAGAGGCAGGACGUCUUUCAGACUAUUAAAAAUAAUAAAUUAUAAAAAUACAAAAUUUAUCAGUCGUACGCUAAAAGCGAAUUGUUGCUGAGAUUGGAAUUAUGGCAGAAUCGAACGACCAACUACAACCAGAAGUACUGCCGUUCAACGGGGUACUAAGGGUGAUGUACCCUCACAUGAUCUUCGGGCCAUUUCCCGAAAUCUUCUACGGCAUCAUCCCCGCAGACAGAGUAUACGACUACCGAGGCCAGCGGCACCGCUUUCCCUCGGUAGCAAACUACCAACGUAUACGCGACGACCCUGAGGCUAACGCCCUGCGUAGACCUGUGUCACCACCUCGGAGUGAAGACCCUCCAAGCGACACUGACAGCGAGAAAGAGCCGCAACAACACGCUAACGACCACCCUCACGAGCCCGAUGACGAGGAAAGCCCACAAGUCGCCAUUCCUCCAAGCAAGGUCAUAGCCGAACUAGACCCUCUAAAACAUCGACGCCACCGUCCAAGAGGAUGUCGCGCCGGACGUAAAGUCCAAGAUGCACGACGACGGGCAGCUGUACGCGCCGAGGAAGAACUGCUCGCACACUGGCGAGUUCGCGACACUGAACACUGGCACCACCAGAAAUACCUCCGCGAGCUUCAAAAAUGGGAACUCGCAUCUGCGGCAGAAGCGCUCAGGCGUCGCUGGGCUGUGUCCCACGACAUCACAGAGUGGGAGAAACUUCACGAAGAAGAAAAUUUGGACCUUUGGUUCCCCCUUAUUCUUCUCCUUUCCAUUUUCUGUCUUCGUUAAUCUCCUUAUUUUAUCCCCCACUCUCAAUUAAGUUACAAUUUUCUUCUUCUUUUGUGUUGCCAGAUGGCCUAUUAAAGUUAAUUUUCAGUAUUACCUUAAUUACUACAUUUUAUCCUUCUUUUCUUCUCUUUUCUUUGUACUAUGAUACUUGAAUAAACU